ACAGAGACUAAACAGGAAAGAUGAUGAAUGAGUAAGGUGGGAUCCAACAAGAAGGUAGUAAAGAAUGCCAAUAAUUUAUAAAUUAUUUUUCCCUAAACUCCAUAGAAGAACUCAAUGAAGGAAGGCAAAGGCUUAACCACUGGGUACAUUUAUGAUUCUUAAUGAUUAACUACUUGAAGGCUCAUAAAUUUGGAUAUCAUCGGUCAUAGAAAUGGAGGAAAGUGAUGAACCUGAACAGCCCAUCUCACUAGGGAGGCAGGAAUUUAGAAGGAGAAGACGGCCCAGUCAAUCGAUGGUAGACAAGUCCCAGCAGACGGAUGCACCAGAGAAAAAGAAACCCACGACUGUAGCACAAGCUCCUGUCCCCAAAGCUACCCUCAGUAUUGGUAAUAUUUCUGGAAGCAAAGACAACUACUCUGCAAAAGAAUAUGAGUCUCUUAGACUGUCUUCUCAACUUCAACAAACUUGGAUGAAGAGAAAGCGUGGCAUGGAAAUGACUGAUAAGUCUCUGCAGACAGAGGCUUCUGCGGAAGAGAAAGCAAAAGCCAUGCUCACUGAUAAAGCACGUACCCUUGAAGAAACCCCAGCUGGGGUUGAAGAAACAGCUCCUGAAUUGCCACAGAGUGUUCCAGAAGUAGAGGUACCAACAAGCAGACCCAUAGCUCGGUUAAUAGACAGAUCUCAGCAGACCAGCUGUACCGGUGACUGGAGUGUGUUGAACAUUUGCCCCAAAGAUACAGUGGACAAAGAACAACAGACAUACUUCAGUGAGUUAGAAAUUACUAUCAUGAAUUUGCCAAGUGUUUCCCCGAUUAAGCCAAAGGAGGCAACAAUACCUGUUACACAAGAGGGCUCCAAGUUUGAAGUAGAUGGUUCUCUUGAAAUAGAGGUACUGUCAACAGAAAAAGUCCCUGAUGCCAUGAGGCCUUUCACUGCAGGGCAGUUUUCUGGUGAAAUCGAGGCUCUAGCAACUGAUGAGCUACCUUCUGAAGAAGGCCCUGGUGACAUUAGCCAUCUGUCAGUGCAAGGGGCCCUUUCAUAUGAGCCUUAUGAUCAAGAGUAUCACCCAGGGGCUGAGGCGGAUCAUAAAGAACAUCCUAUUGAAAUUGUGGUUCCAUUCACAGACGUGUUUGUGAAAGUCCAUACUGUAGCAGGCAAAGAAGAACCUGCUACUGCGGAAGAGUCCACUGACAGAGUUGAACCUCUACCAUCUGAGGGGGCUUAUAAAGAAGUUCAGCCACCAUUAGAUAAGCAAACAUUAGAAGCAGUCUCUGCAGAAAUUGCUGAGGCACUAGUUGAGGAAUUUCCUAUAGAAGAUGUCUAUGAAAAAGAUCAGCUUCCAUCAGCAGAGGAUGCUCCUGAAGAAGUAUCACCUGCAAGAGUUCUGUCUCCAACAGCUGAGGAGGCCCCUGCAAGAGUUCUGACUCCACCAGCUGAGGAGGCCCCUGCAAGAGUUCUGACUCCACCAGCUGAGGAGGCCCCUGCAGAAGCUCCACCUGCACCUGCUGAGGAGGCCCCUGCAGAAGCUCAAGCUCCACCAGCUGAGGAGACACCUGCAGAAGUGCCACCUCCACCAGCUGAGGAAGCCCCUGCAGAAGCUCCAGCUGCAUCAUCUGACAAGGCCCCUGCAGAAGCUCCACCUGCACCAGCUGAGGAGGUCCCUGCAGAUGCUCAAGCUCCACCAGCUGAGGAGACACCUACAGAAGCACCACCUGCACCAGCUGAGAAGACCCCUACAGAAGCUCCACCUGCACCAACUGAGGAGGCCUCUGUAGAAGCUCUACCUGCACCAGCUGAGGAGCCCCCUGCAGAAGCUCAAGCUCCACCAGCUGAGGAAACACCUGCAGAAGCACCACCUGCACCAGCUGAGGAGGCCCCUGCGGAAUCCCCACCUGCACCAGCUGACGAGGCCUCUGCAGAAGCUCUACCUGCACCAGCUGAGAAGACCCCUGCCGAAGGUCCACCUGCCCCAGCUGAGGAGGCCCCUGCGGAAACUCCACCUGCACCAGCUGAGGAGGCCCCUGCAGAAUCUCCACCUGCACCAGCUGAGGAGGCUCCUGCGGAAGCUCCACCUGCGCCAGUUGAGGAGGCCCCUGUAGAAGCUCCCCCUGCACCUGCUGAGGAGGCCCUUGCAGAAGCUCCACCUGCGCCAGCUGAGGAGAUCCCUGUGGAAGCUCCACCUGCACCAGCUGAGGAGGCCCCAGCAGAAGCUCCACCUGCACCAGUUGAGGAGGCCCCUGUAGAAGCUCCCCCUGCAUCAGCUGAGGAGGCCCCUGCAGAAGCUCCACCUGUACCAGCUGAUGAGGCCCCUGCAGAUGCUCCACCUUUUACCACAUAUGAGACUCCUACAGAAGCUGAGUUUCCACAGUCUCAAGAGACACCUCCACAAGGGGCUUCUGUUGAAGUUCAAACUCUAUCAGCUGAGGAGGUCUUUACCAACGUGGUCCCUGCUGAAGAUGGCCCUACAGGUGAAACUGGGUCUCCUUCAUCUGAGAGGGCUCCUCCUGAAGGAACUACAAUGGAAGCCCAGGUGACAGUAGUUGAGGAGAGCCCUGAAAAGGCUUCUGCUGAUGGUCAGCCUCCACCACCUGAGAUUCCUGUUGAAGACUCUCCUGUUGUUAAGCAGCCUCCCAAAACUGAUGGUGUCCAUAUUCAAGAGUUUCCCAUGCAAGACACACCUGAUGAAGGUUCACUUUCUCCUUCUGAACAAAGCCCUGAAGAUAAGACUCUAAUAAAAGUACCUCAGUUGCCCCCAGUAGCAGGUAUCACAGAGAAAGAAUUAGAUUCUUCUUCUUUGACAGGUGAUAGAAACUCUGAAGAAACAGAUCCUAUUCCUGCAGAUGUGUCUAGGAGCAACGAUGAGCCGAUUUCCACUUUCAAAAUUGCAGGUACCAUUAAAAUAGAGUUAAAGAACCCGCCCUCCUGAGCUAUAGCCAGGGCCUAACUUAAGCUAGUAACAUACACUAGAAUAUUCUAGAAGUACAUUCUUUAGAAAAGGAGACACUAUCUGGAAGAACUUUCAUGAACAGAUUAAAGGAAAAGAAUCCCAAAAGACUGAGCAUGCAGGUUGAACAAUGAAUAAAAGCAGUCACAGCUUAAA